AUGGUGACACAGCAACGGUGGCACAGCCACGGUGACAGUGACACUGCAGUGGCAGUGGCCGCAGAGCAAGGUGACAGUGACACGGUGACAGUGACACGUGACAAUGUCCCCGUACAGGUGACAGAGUACCGCGUGGCUGUCCCCUGUCCCCUGGGCCGCCUGUUGCUGCUCCAGGUGCACAAGGAGCCCUGCGGGGGCCUCCCCGAGAGCUCCUGGUACCUGGAGAGUGUCACCGUGUGGGGACAGCGCGGGGACACCCCCGAGGACACCCCCGGGGACACCCCUGGGGACACCCCCGGGGACAGCCCGGACACCCCGGACACCUCAGACAGCGAGGACAGCGCUGGGGACAGCGGGGACGAGGAGGAGGAAGAGGAGGAAGAGGAGGAGGAGGACAGCAGCGAGGAUGAGGUGACGGAGGAGGAGGAGGGGACAGGUGACACCGAGGGGACAGGUGACACCGAGGAGGAGGAGCUGGAGGAGGAGCCAGAGGACAGCGAGGGUGACACCGAGGGUGACACCGAGGGUGACAUCGGCACUGCCAGCGCAGGUGACCCCGAUGACGUCACUGCUCUGGGCCCCUUCCACUUCCCCUGCUACCGCUGGCUGCAGGGCUACGGCACCUGGGAGCUGCCCGAGGGCACAGCCACCACGCCGGCCAUGGAGCGACACCCGCGGCUGCAGCGGCAGCGCCGGCGACACCUGAGAGAGCAACGGCAGCGCUACAGGUGAGGGACGGGUGACACUGUG